AUCUCAUUUUUUUCCGACCCUCGUGUCUGGACCAUGCAUCUCAACUAAUUAUUUCUCUGGUCUUGUCAAAGCAAUGUCAUCUAUGUCGAGACCAGAAAAUUCACAAAAAAUGACUUGAUUCUAAUAAUUCAACCGUGAUCAAUUAUGUAGGGAGGAAACUACCGACCAACCGUACUAAUCUUUGGGCUGUUCUCAUCUCCUUUUUAUUUACAUAAUUGCACGACAACACUUCCGUCCAAUCAAUCUUCUUCUCCUGUUAUCUCUUUCAAACUCUUUCUCAUGGAGGGGCACUCUCAUUGCCUGAGUUCUACUAUUACUACUCUAUUGCUACUACUUUCAGCAAUCUCUGUUCCGAAUCCAGUGUUUGGCACAGCCACUUGUGAUUUUCCGGCGAUAUUCAACUUCGGCGACUCGAAUUCCGACACCGGCGGCUUGUCUGCGGCAUUCGGGCAAGCGGGUCCGCCCCACGGCGAGUCGUAUUUCCACCGCCCUGCCGGACGGUACUGCGACGGUCGUCUAGUAGUCGAUUUUAUAGCUGAAAGUUUCGGACUACCAUAUCUCAGCGCUUACCUUGAUGCAGUGGGCUCCAACUUCACCCACGGAGCCAAUUUCGCCACAGCGGGAUCCACCGUUAGACCUCAGAACACGACUCUUCAUCAAAGCGGCUAUAGUCCCUUUUCAUUGAACGUUCAAUUUUAUCAGUUCAGUGACUUCCACCGCCGGUCACAGUUUUUUCGUAACCAAGGAGGAGUUUUCAAGGGACUUCUACCGGAAGGGGAAGAUUUUUCUCGAGCUUUGUACACAUUCGAUAUCGGCCAAAAUGAUCUGACUGCUGGUUAUUUUCUCAACAUGUCGACCGAUCAAGUUAGAGCGUAUGUUCCCGAUGUUUUGGAUCAAUUCAGUGUAGUUGUUAAGUCUAUAUAUGCUCAAGGGGGUAGAUCAUUUUGGAUACACAAUACUGGUCCAGUGGGGUGCCUUCCGUACGUGAUGGACCGGCUGCCAAUCACGGCAGGACAGGUGGACAAGGCCGGAUGCGCGAGCCCUUUCAAUGAGGUGGCCCAGUAUUUUAACAAGAAGUUGAAAGAAGCUGUGGGCAGGCUCCGACUGGAUCUUCCAUUGGCAGCACUCACAUAUGUUGAUGUAUAUUCACUUAAGUACUCUCUCAUCAGCCAAGCCCAUCACUAUGGAUUUGUGCACCCGCUGCAAGCUUGUUGCGGCCAUGGUGGGAAGUACAACUACAACCCGCAUAUCGGGUGUGGAGGGAAAAUUACAGUGCACGGCAAGGAAGUAUUAGUAGGAAAGCCAUGUCAAGAUCCUUCAGUCGCGAUCAACUGGGAUGGGGUACACUUCACACAGGCAGCUAACAAGUGGGUUUUCGAUCGGAUUGUGGAUGGUUCGUUUUCCGACCCUCCGAUUCCAUUGAAAAUGGCCUGCCACAGGCACCCACCCAGCACAUUGAAGUGAUCAACAAUGUGCUUGCUAAGUCACUGGAAAUACUUGGGUUUUUUUUUCGAAGAGUUCUUUGUUCACUGUAUUUGUAAGUCUGCUGUUGCUGUGGCAUUGUGGCACUGUAAUGUGGAAGGUGACUUGAGCUUAACUGAUGAGAAAUUUCACAGGAUGGUAAUAAGUGGUAACAAUUUUCAUUGGCCAGGGUUCAUGCUUUGCCAAUGUGACUAUAAUCUUGUUCCGCUAAGGGAAACAAGUAUAUUUGUACUAAUUUUUUAAUUAAAUGUGCUGUAUUAUGAUA